CGAUAGAGUUGUGUUGAAUGGAGAGAAUAGAGAUCCAGUCAAAACAAUAUCUUUCUCUCUCUGUUUGGUUUGGCCUCUUGCUGUAAGAAGCCAGCCACAGUACUGUUGCGCUCCUGUGGAACCAUCGAUGGGCUUUAACAGGUUCCACAUCGGUUGAGCUUUGUGUCAGAUAUGCCAAUAGUGUUAUCCUUAUUCUUGUGAUAUACUAGUUUGUAUGAUCAUAUUUUCUCGGAUUGUCUAGCAAGUUUAGCUCAAUUGGACGUUGAACGAAUUAUUAUAAAUCUAUUAAGAUUAUCUUCAAUUUCUACGAAAAAAAAAUAUUUUAUAGAAUUUUGAGAUUAUGGGUAGAAGUAGAGGAAAAGGUAAAAAGUUAACUAUUAGCAAUGAGGAGGAUGCCAUAAGUGAAGAAGAAGAAAAGGUUCCUAAGCAAAAAAGAAGAGGGAGGCCACAGAAACUGUAUAAGGAAGACUUUGAUGAAGAAGAAAUUGAGGAAAUAUUAGAAGAGGAUGCUACCAGUGGUGACAACGUUAUGAAUGUAGUGUCUAGCAAAGAGAUGAAAAUUCCGAGUACCACAAAGCAUGGAAGAAAAAGAAAACGGAAUUUACAAGAGAAAAUAGAACCAAUUGAGGAGAAAAUAGAAUCAAUUGAUGAGCUGAGAAAGUCAAAUGGAUUUCGGCAUAAUGGAAGCAGGCGUAAAAGCAAACCUCGUCGAGCAGCAGAAGCUGGUGUGCUGUGUAAGCAAGACUAUGCUUGAGAUAGCAUUAUUCUCAUCUUGUUGCCUGCUAUGUCAUCAACUAUAGCAAUUGAUUUCUUUCAUUUUGUUUUGUUUUAUUAAGGGUUUUUCUUUUUUCUUUUUUGGCCUUUGCUGGUUUGAGGGCUUCAUUUGGGGAUUCCCUUGUCUUUAUUUCCUAUUUUUAUUUCAAGCAUGAACCCGGAAAUUUAUUAUGAUGCAGGUAGUUCUAUAAUCACAUGUCAUUUUUUGUUUCAAAUCA